AGAGGCAACGCUGUCAGGCCAAGCAUUUCUGUUUGCUGCUACAAGAGGAAGGCAGAGGAACAAAUUGAUUACCGUUUUACACCUGGGAUUCUAAACUUCUCAAGCCUGGACACACACCGCAAUAUUUCAGCCAAGACAAUGACAAGAGGUUUCAUAUGGCAACAAACUUCAGCUCUGUAAAUCAAAAAAAAAGGUAGUGAUUGGUCAUAAAAAAUGGACGAUUUGAAGAACCAUGUGGAGUACAGUGCUAAAGACCAGCCUGUGAGGACAGAACUGGGAUCACGCUGUGUGGUUUUUACUUAUUAUCAGGGGGAUAUUAACAGUGUCGUAGAUGAACACUUUUCUAGAGCUCUAAGGAAUACAAAAGACCCCCAGGACUUGAGGACAAAAAACAGAGUUGAUGACUAUGUUCAAAAGAACAUGAGUAGCAUGCCUCCAGGUGAAAUGGGCUGGAUCAAGCCCUAUACAUCAAACCCUUCUUCUACAAUGACACCUCCUGUUUUAACAACGUUAAUACCUCCUUCAGAUCACUACCCACCAUCUGUUUUCCAAACCCAUGCUGCACCUCCAGAUCUAUAUCAUUAUCAUCAUAUGAGCUCUCCCAACCAAAUUAAUUCAGUGUAUCAUCAUCAUCAUCAUCAUCAUCACCCCACAAUACCCGAAUUCCCAGUGCAGGGAACAGGGUCUGAUGGAAAAUAUGGUUCCCUUCUUAGUCUUCUACAACAUGAAAGAUAUCCAGUACCUGUCCAAGAACAAAUGAUGAAGCCUGAUGCCAUCACAUCCACAGAAGCUGGGCCUUCUGAACAAGAAAGCAUGAACCAAAGGAUGAAUUCACAAUCAGGCCUACAUCAUCAAGAGAGAAGAAAAGAUUUUUUCCACCCCCAAGAAAGAAGGAAAGAUAUAUUUUAUUAUUAAGUGUACAGUUUUCAUUACAAGCAUUAAAUGAGAUUUUAUUGGACCUUCUGUAACAUACAAUGUAUAUUAUUUUUAUUUUCUUGAAAGUGUAUAUUAAAGUUGGAUGCCUAUUA